AUGUCUGGCUUCGAAGUAGCGGGGAUAGUUCUCGGAGGCAUCCCUUUAGUAAUCUCGGCUCUGGAACAUUAUAAGAACGGUAUUUCAUUGAUACAGAGAUACAGAAGAUACGAGAGGGAGUUACAAAGACUCAUCAGAAAUCUUGAAACUGAACAAGUCAAGCUACAAAAUGUCUGCGAGAAGCUACUUGACGGUAUCGUUUCACCCUCACUCAUCGACAAGAUGGUAGAGAAUCCAGGAGGCGAAUUGUGGAGCAAACAAGAAACUCAAAAGGCAAUCCGGACCAGACUUUGGAAGUCGUGGGACGUUUUUGAACGGACUUUGAGAGACAUCCAGACAGCCACAGAUGAGAUGUAUGAUAAACUUGGGCAUGGGAGCGAGACAUCAUGGUCAGAUAUGACACUCGCAGCAAAGGAGCUCAAACGUGUAGCAUUUGCACUGAGCCGAUCAGCAUACUCUGAGCAUUUAGCAACCAUCAGAGACGGUAUAACGAAUUUGGAAUCACUAGCGACUAUGAACAUUGAACUAGAACCCAAGAGGCGAGUGAGAUCUCGUGUCAAACUUCUCAAUGUCCUUCGCACUGUUGUUGCCAGUAUUUACCGAGCUGUCGAGUCAAAUCUCAAGUGUAGCCGUGAGCAUUCUGUAUCUAUGAGAUUAUCGGGAGGUAUCGACCAACCAGGCUAUAUCGACGAGGAUGAGAUUAUUCGGCAUCAUCAAACCGAUCUAUUGCUCUCCCACAAUCAAUUGGAAAAUACAUCCCGGUUACUCGGGGUCCACAGACAUGAAUGGGAGGGUUGGCUACUAAGAGUAGUCCCGAACUUGCAAAGGACAGCUCAGAUAUCUCUUCCUCCAGCCAUGCCAGCCUCGCCUAAGCCCAAACGAGGGCAGGAGGGCAGGUCUGUCCGGUUUUCAAUGUCUCGUUUCUCAUCAACAACUACUGUGACUGAGAAAGAUACAUCCUCAAUCACCAGCCAAAUGUCGUCUGUGUCUAUAGAGACAAAAACACCCACAUCAGACAUGCAACCAUGUCUCGAUAUCUGCAGUGGAGCUAAAUCGACCAUUAAGCCCACAUGCUUAGGGGAGAUCACGGAUCAUUCAGUGGGACAAACAAAGACAUAUAACAUUUAUAGCUCUGCUGUGCUUGCUUCGGAAACACAGUGUUCGACAAUCUCUCUUUACGAGGUACUUCACAACGAGGAUGGGUGCUAUUUUUUCUCAUACAGGCAGAGGCUGCAGCUCGCAGUUUUUAUCGCAACAAGCGUCCUUCACUUGUACAGAACGCCAUGGAUGCUCGAGCUACCUCGAAGCAAAAACAUUAUUUUUGUCAAGACACACGACGAUGUCAUUGACUACAGCAGGGCCUUUCUCAAAGCUGAGCCAAUAGGUCCAAAUGAAGGGGGUUGGAACACGAUGUUCCCAACACCCAAAUUAUUGCCUAUUGGAGUUUUACUCGUCGAGUUGAUCAAAGGGCAGAGAAUUGAGUCACUCCGAUCAGAAAAUGAAGUGCUCAACGAUGAGCUCAGUGCUUUGUCGGAUUUUAUAACUACACAGCGCCUUGUCGAUGAAAUAUGUCAGGCCAGCUCUACUUACGGAAGCGCAGUCAGACGAUGCUUGGAUGUUGGGUUCAAAGCACAGGCGUGCGAUGUGCAAAAUGAAGAUUUCCAACACAACUUUUAUUCUGGUAUUGUUGCGUUGUUGGAAGAAGAUUUAAAUAAUCUGUAG